GGUUAUUAAUGUUAUUUACCUACGAAUGAGGAAAUCAUCGUUAAUUUCUAGUUAAUAACGUUAAUAACCGUAUGAUUUGGGAAAUGUUUAUUUGAUUAUAAAAUAAUGUUCAACGAGCAAUGAUAAGGUGAUCGCCAAACUAAUUGUGGUACUAAUUGGGUAAACCAAUAUAACUUUAUCGGCCACAGAUAAUGUGUCCGAUAAAGUUAUAUUAAUACAGUAUACAGUAUAUAGUAUACAAUUACUAUACAUAUUAUAAUAUCGGUGGAGGUUACAUUUGAAAAUAUCAUACCUAACAAAAAUUUAUAUUGAUUAUAACCUCAGUAUAUGUACAACUGUCAUCGUAUUUACCACAUAUUUAAAAACAAGGAGAGAAAAUGAUGAAACUUUCGAAAAAAAAGUUUGCUCAACUUGAAAUAGACACAACUGUACGUGUAACUGUGGCGGACGUUGAUAGAGCUUGUGGUUCUCCACGAAAUAUACUAGCAGUUGUCACCCAACUUGAACACGACUUAUACAAACUCUGUACUGAACAUGGUUUUCUUAAAUACAAUUACACACGCCAAGAAAUAGCGGCUUGCGAAGAAAAUCUAUUAGAAAUGGACAAUGUGAUAAAAUUAGCAGAUGGUAGACAGUUGACACUGAGGGAAGCAGCUAGUAAUAGUUCGGUUGCGGGCCCUCAAGGGUACCAGCGUUGCCAUUGCAAAACUGGUUGCAAUAAUAAGCGUUGUGCCUGCCGUAGGGCUGAAAUAUUAUGCAAUAGUAAAUGUCAUGGGAGUACGGCUUGUAAAAAUAAAUACAAAAUAAUAUUGCAUUUUUUCUAUUUUUAAAAAUCAUCAUUUUUCAAAUUGUAGUAUUUGAGAUUCAUUGCGUACAUAUAUCUGAUCUAUAACAACAAUUACCUUUGUAUUUAGUCAUUAACGUGAUUAUCCGGUUUACAACGAUAAUUAUCUGUGUAUUUGGUAAAUAACGUUAAUAACCGGCGAAUAACGUUAAUUUCCA